AUUUUACCUGGACCUACUUUUUUUCUCUCUGAAAGUGAAAAAUUGAGUACAGCAGCAGACUUUCUCAGUCUUGAGGAAAUUUGUUCCAUCUACAUCAUGGAACAGCCUUUGCUUUUGUAUAUAUUUUUAUUCUACUGGAAUUUCCUCAAUGCCUUAUUCACUGUUGAAGCUCCUCAGUCACUCUACAUUGUGGAACAUGGGAACAAUGUGACCAUGGAAUGCACAUUUCCAGUGAAUGGGAAGUUGAAGUUUGGAGAUUUAAAUGUCAGCUGGGAAAAGAAAGAUGAGUUAAAGAAACUGGUUUACGUGCUUCUCAAAGGAAAGGAAGACUUCAAAAAUCAGCACAGUGACUUUAAGGGAAGAAUAAAAUUGUUGAAAGAGAAUCUGAGCUUGGGACAGUCUCUCCUUCAGAUCACUGAUGUGAAGCUCAGAGAUGCAGGGACUUACCACUGUAUUAUUGGCUAUAGGGGAGCUGACUACCAGACAAUCCACCUGAAAGUUAAGGCUCCUUACAGAACUAUAACCCAAAGAGUGGUGAGCACAGGACACAAUGAAUGGAAGUUGACAUGCCAGUCUGAAGGAUACCCAGAAGCUGAAGUGAUAUGGCAAAAUGGAGACUAUGAAGAUUUGACUAAUAAGGCAAACACAAGUUAUGAAACUGGAAGGGACCAGUUGUAUCAUGUGACAAGUACCCUUACAAUCAAAAGUAGAAUUCAUGAGAUAUUUUACUGUAUAUUCUGGAAUAAAGAGCUGCAAGAAAAUACAUCUGCCAUUUUACACAUAGCGGAUGCAGCUGAUGGCAUUCUGUGGACCGAGAGCAGACGCUUUGUUGGAGUAACUCUCAUUGCUACCGCUUUUGUUGGAUCAGGGCUUCUAUUUAUGUUCUGCAUAGGAAAAGGUAGAGCAAAUAAAGACAACAGAACACCUGUGUUGAGUUCAUCAAUAACAAAUCUGUCAAAAGACAAGGAUACACAUGACUGCAGAGAUGCUUCUUUUGAAGACAGAGAGCUGAAAUAUAUGCAAAUUGAGAAGACCUAGAUAGAGAAAGCAGGGGAAGAUUUUUUUCCUCUGUGGUGAAGAUUUGACAGCUCAGAUAUUCUGUGUUCUAUCUAUUGAAGGGGAUAUUAAUUUUUUGUUUUUAUUGUGUGAUGGCAAUCUUCUAAUUGUUGUAACUUGGGAAAAAAUGCAAUGAAGUUAAAAUAAUUAUAACAUAAAAAGUCCUUGCAUUCAGGCUUCUGUAUAUGGGACUAGAUAUUGAGGUAUUUAUUUA